AUGAAUGGAGCUACUAACACUUAUGAAAUGGAGAGUGAAAUCAGAGGUUAUCAUGUUUAUGGAAGCAGUUGGAAACCCAAAAUCGGCGAUUUCUUAUUGACUGAUCGAGAGGUGUCAAACGAAGAUGACAAGUUUGCAGUGGCUGUUUAUGAAGAACUUGGCAUCAAUGGGAAGAAAAUUGUUGGACAUUUACCAAUGGAAUUCAUCAGAAUUGCAUCCUAUUUUAUAGAGAAUGGUGGUGAAAUUUCCUGCAAAGUGACUGGAAAAAGGAAGCUCUCGAAAGGCCCACGAGGAGGAAUGGCUAUUCCGUGCAAGCUGUUUUGGACAUCUUCAAACAAGAGACACGUUAAAAAACUUGAUGCGCUCAUUGCUGCAGAGAAAAUCAAGAUUCUCCGAAGAUAUGGACUUCGCGUUUAG